UUCCAUUUCAAAGGCACCGUUGGAACACCUCUGAGUGGUGUGAGCUGUAACCCGGCGACAUCCGAUUGCGCCAAAUUCAAACUACGUCUAUGUGAAGUUAUCAGAAAAGAAAUUCACCCGUUGGAAUAUGAGCAACUAUUUGAUUGCGUGGUGACACUUACGGCUCAUGAAACGCAAUCACAUUUGCUCAACUUUGAUAUGGAUCUCACACUGGAGACAGCCGUACAAGAUGCACUUAAAUUUCAACCCAGCUGUAGGACUUUCUACUGGGCUCUGCAUCAAGCCUUUGUCCAAUUACGCAAUGAUCUAACUGUCAACAUCGAGAUCACCGAAGUUGUUUCUUUCCAAAUCACCGGAACGUUGUAUCGAAAAGGAGUUGAAGUGAAUUUAGGUAAACUGAGCGCAGCAGACAAGUGUGCUGCAGAAACACAGUUAGCCGACUUGGCGUUCAGUGGCGAUUUGCUUAGCGUGUUGUACAGGUACGCCACUAAGGACGUGAUGGAUUUCAAGUUUGACGGGGCACGGACCGGACGAACGUCGUUUACAGUAACAUAUCCAAUGGAGUUCUUUACUAAGACGAAAAUAGAUCCGAAUUGUGACUUUAAAACUGCUCUACAAUUUGGUUUUUCGCAUCCCGUCAAGACUGCGGGAUAUUACUUCGGCAGUGAUGUGACAAUCACGACGUUCAAAAUCACAAUCCCGAUGACAUUUGGCGAUAAACUGAACGCAACGACUUGCUACGCACCUGGAAAACCGUGUAGCGCAUACAAAGGCAAAUUAUGCGACAAUGCUCAAAAACCAUUCAUGUGUGGAUUAGUUCCGUUGUCCAGCGAAGCAUGCCUUGUGGAACUUCCGACUGUGCUACCGUCUGACGGGGUAACGGAUAAAGCAACAAUCGCUAUGAAACUAGACACACAAGCGAGUAUCUAUCCAAUCAAUUUGCAGUGUUCAACAUUUGGAGCAAUGUACAAAUACUCACUGAACUACAUAUUCCAACAACCCCCACUGACAGUGAAAACGUACACCGGUUAG